CCCCUCCCACUCGUCCAUCAGCUCGAGAUGAACGCUGCUGCGCUGCUCGAGAGUGUCAAGGACGCCUUCUACGCCCUGGCCGGGUCGUGUUGCAAGACUGAUGCAACCCUCAAGCUGAACGGGCGCAGCUUCAAGGUGCUCCGUCUGCUUGGCGAGGGCGGGUUCAGCUAUGUCUACCUCGCUCAAGACAACGCAUCAAAGCGCCUCUUCGCCCUCAAGAAGAUCCGCUGUCCGCUCGGGUCCGACUCUGUCAAGGCUGCCCUCAAGGAGGUCGAGGCCUACAAGCGGUUCCGCCACCCCAACAUCAUCCGCUGCCUCGACAGCUGCGUCGUCCAGGACCGCGAGGGCGACGGCAAGGUCAUCUACCUCUUCCUGCCCUUCUACAAGAAUGGAACCGUGCAGAACGUCAUCUCGGCCAACGCCGUCAACGGCGAUCGCUACCCCGAGAAGCAGAUGCUGUCCAUCUUCCACGGCACGUGCCUCGCCGUGCGCGCCAUGCACCUCCACCAGUCGGGCCCGUCAGCCCGGGGCACCUCGUCGUCGACUCGCACCAGCACCCGGCGGCCAAAGAUGGGCGCGCAGGCGUAUCCGCCGCAAGGGCGGUCCGACGCCGAGAUCUCGACGGGCGAGGAGCUGGACGAGUUCGAGGAGGAGGACGAGGACGAGGAGAGCGGCGGGUUGCGCAGCGGGACCAACGAGGGCCAGGCGCUCAUCGGCGGGCUCGAGAGCGCACGGCAGCAGCUCGAAGAAGAUGACGACGUGCCGGGCAUGGGCGAGGAGGACGGCGCGACCGUUCUCGGGCGGCUCGGCGACGGGCAACGGGCGACGGGAGGGACGGUGGACAAGGGUGAGCCGGUCGAGGGCCAGAAGGGCAGCUUUACGCCAUGGGCGCACCGCGACAUCAAGCCUGCCAACGUCAUGCUCGCCGACGACAACGAGACGCCCGUCCUGAUGGACUUUGGCUCCGCGCUCCCGGCGCGCAUCCCGAUCCCGGAUCGUCGUGUCGCGCUCCUGCAGCAGGACCUCGCCGCCGAGCACUGCUCGAUGCCGUUCCGGGCGCCGGAACUCUUCGACGUCAAGACGGGCACGACCUUGACCGAGGCGGUCGACAUCUGGUCCCUCGGGUGCACGUUGUACGCCAUGGCGUACGGUACGUCGCCAUUCGAGACGACGCAGCAGUCGGAGCACGGCGGGUCGAUCGCCAUGGCGGCCAUGGGCGGCCGGUUCAGCUUCCCCGACGACGGCCAGUACAGCGAGAGCUUCCGCGAGCUCGUCAAGGCCAUGAUCAAGGUCAACCCGGACGACCGGCCCGACAUCUCGCAGGUCGUCGCGAUGACGGAGCGUGCGCUCGCGCGAUUGCAAUGAGACGCUCUCUUUUCGCUCUUGUAGAUCUCGCUCUCGCAGUGCAGCCGUCUUCUCUAUC